CAAAAUGAAGAAGUUACUUGUGUUUAUCUUCAUUUUGGUCCUCCUGACAAUUUUUGCAGACACUUCUCCAAUUUUGAAUGAAAAGGAAGCCAAACAGAUUCUGAGAACUCGUCGUGAAGACAGACGCAGAAAAGCUGGUUUCCCUGAUGAGCCAAUGAGGGAGCAUAUGCUUUACCUCCAGCGCUUGGAGCAGAGAUCAGAAGAACAAUUCCUUGAACACUGGUUAAAUCCACAUUGCUUCCCACACUGCAACAGGGAUUUAGUCUAUCCUAUCUAAUGGAUUUACCAGCCCCAUAAUUGAUCUCUUCAUGUGCAUUUAAGAUGAUAUGUACUUUGUGUUAUGGUGGACAGGAUUAUUCCUGCACUGGCUAUGUGCUAAUUGUAGAGCUGAACCUCUUUGGAAUACAGCGCAAUCCUAGUGAUUUAGCUAAGCUUUCAACCGUAAAUGGCUAGAUAUGUUGUACACCACCAUGUAUCUUUACUUGUAGAGAAAAUAAUGAUUGCAUGUAUGAAUAAAAAAAUCAAAGGUUUCCUCCAAGAUCUCAGUUACGGGUAAGAAUAAAUCACCAGUCAGUGAUUCUAAAAGCAUUAGAAUGUGUUUUUUAAGGGUACAACCUUAGACUACCUGAAGCAAAAGGAGCAUAAAAAAUUGUAGAAAAUUGGAGAGUAUAAACAUGAAGAAAACAUCACCCUUCUGGACUUUGGAGAAAACCUUAAUUAGUAGAUGUAACAUUUAUGCAACACUAAUCUAUCUUUAAUUGCCUGAUAAGUAUUUCAUGUAUUGUUUCUUAAUAAACG